CUAUACAUUCGUAUGUAUUGUUAUUACUGUUACAUUCAUUUUCAUUUUCACUAUAUCUUGUUAUCAUGACUUUUAUUUUCUCCAUUCUCUUUGUCCUUCCCUUCUCUCUACUCUUCCUUUCUCUGUGUGCUUCUUCCUCUCCCUCCUUUUUCUCUUCUCUCUCUCUUCAUUUGUUUCUCCUCUUCCUUCUCUCCCCUCCCUUUCUCUCUCCUUUACCUCUUCUUCGCUUCCUCACUUUAUUCUGCCUCUUCCUCUUCCCUGUCUCUCGUUUUUUUCUACUCUCUCCUUUCUCCUUUCUAUCCCUCCCUUUCCCUCUUCCUUCUCCUCUUUCCCAGCCCCCCUUCCUCUAUUCUACUCUCUCGUUUUCCUUCCUUCCCUCUAUCUCUCUUCUCUUCCUCCCUUAUUUCUUUCCUCUAAUUCACUUCUUCCUCCCUUCUCUAUCUCCACUACCUUUCUUCCUUUUCCCGGUUUCUCCUCCCUGUCCACUAUCUCUUGUUCACCUUCCUCUCCUCUUACACUAUUUUGCGUUUUCCUCUAUUUUUUUCUCAUUUUCCACUUUUUCUCCUGUUCCUCUGUCUCUGUCUCCUUCUCCUCUUCCUCCUGCUCUGUAUCUCAAUUCUGCCUCUUAUUUCAUUUCAUAUUUCUUUUUCUCUUCUUUUCUUUCUAUUCUCUUCCUCCAAUCCCCACUCUCAUUUUCCUUCUUUACAUCUCUCUGUCCUCUUUCUCCUUUUUUUAUCCUCUCUUUUCUCUACCUCCCUUCUGUCUUUUCCCUUCCUCUCUCUUUCUUUCUCCUGUGUUCUCCCACCUAUCUUUUCUCUUCUUCUCUCUGCUCUUCUUCUAUUCAGUUUUCCUCCCUAUUCCUCAUUUUCCAUUUCUCUGCUCUUUUUUCUUCUUUUCUCUGCCUUUAUUCUACCUAUCUUCCUCCCAUCACUCUUUCCUGUCUCCUUUUGCUCCCUCUCGCUGCUAUUCUCUUUAUCCCUUCGUUUCUUUUCCUCUUCUUCCUUCCUCGUUCUCUCCUCUUCUCUGCUUCCUCAUUACCCUAAUUCCCAUCCCCAUUUCCAUCCCCACUUUUCCUCCAUUCCCAGCCUCCUUUCCGUCACCCAUGAACACGAGCUUAAUACAAGCUUCUUCCUCCCCCAGGCAAAACUCCCAUGGACUUAGCAGCGCGUCAUCCGGCUGCGAAGCAAGUCCUGCUGGCGUACAGGGACGAUCCCGAGAAGCAGAGGAAGGAGAUGAAGAAGAGGUACGACUCGAAGGUGGCGGAGGCAGCCACCCUGCAGAAGGAAAAUGGAGAGUUGAAGAAGGAGCUUCAGGAGAAGGAAAAGGAAAUCAAAUUAAUGCAGGAGCAGGUGAAGCAAGCGCAAUUGCAUCAGCAAAGGUGUGAGACUGAGGCGAGGGAGCAUGAGGCCGAGAAGGAAGGUCUCAACCAGCAAAUUGCAGAGCUUCAGGAACGCAGUGCAACAUAUCCGGCAAAUUGUCACACCACAGAUAGAAGAUGA